CGUGAUGGAUUCUUUGCGUACCAGCUGCAGCCGCGUUUUACCCUGGACGCCUUUUGAUUUUACACCUUUCCUCAGUGCGUGGGCAAUGUUGGAUUUCGGUCAUUUUAGUAAUUACGCCACACGCCCCUCCGGCGGCUCGCCCGCUCGCCCUUUCCCGCCGAACUACAACUCCCGGCACCCCCCGAGGCGGCGGCGGCGCGUCACGGUCUGGUCCCUCAGCCGCCGCCAUCAUACCAACAGCCGGCAGCAUGUACUAUAGCAGCACGCAGUGGCGGCACUGGACUUUCCGCGGCGAGGAGGAGCUGGCGCGGCGGCGGGCCGAAGCCAACCACAAGUUCCUCGGCAAAGCGGUGGCGAGCGGGAAGCCUCCCGCCUUUGCUGCCGCCCGUCUCAAGGUCCAGCAGACCGACCCUGCCCUUCUGGAGCCCCACGAGGAGCUGGCGAUAUGCAAGUACUACGAAAAGCGGCUGCUGGACUUCUGCGCCGUCUUCAAGCCCGCCAUGCCUAGAUCCGUGGUGGGAACAGCUUGUAUGUAUUUCAAACGCUUUUACCUCAAUAACUCAGUGAUGGAAUAUCAUCCUCGGAUAAUAAUGCUAACAUGUGCAUUUUUGGCCUGUAAAGUAGAUGAAUUUAAUGUAUCCAGUGCACAGUUUGUUGGUAACCUUCGAGAAAGCCCCCUUGGACAGGAAAAAGCUCUUGAACAAAUACUGGAAUAUGAACUACUGCUUAUUCAGCAACUGAACUUCCAUCUUAUCGUCCACAAUCCAUACAGGCCGUUUGAGGGUUUUCUAAUCGAUUUGAAGACUCGCUAUCCAAGGCUGGAGAACCCUGAGGUUUUGAGGAAAACAGCUGAUGACUUCCUCAGUCGAGUGGCUCUGACAGAUGCGUAUCUGCUUUUUACUCCCUCACAGAUAGCUCUUACUGCCAUAUUAUCUAGUGGUUCAAGAGCAGGAAUUAGUAUGGAAAGUUACUUGUCAGAAAACCUUAUACUGAAAGAAAACAGAACAUCCUUAGCCAGCCUACUGGAUGACUUGAAAUGCAUGAAAAAUCUCAUAAAGAAGUAUGAACUGCCAAGGCCUGAAGAGAUUGCUGCUCUGAAACAGAAACUAGAGAAGUGUCACAGCUUGGAGCUUUCACUUAAUACAAGCCUGAAGAAGAGGAAAGGUUAUGAAGACGAUGAUUAUGUCGCAAAGAGAGCUAAAAUGGAUGAGAUUACAGCUGAAGUUAAUAGCAAGGCCAUAGCUGGUACGGAGAGCUCAUCGAUUUGAAAUGCUAGAAGAAACACAACAGUACAAGUUGAGCACAGAUGACUCGUCUGCCAAAGUGAUGAAGCCAUGAAAAGCACGAGGUGUUAGUGAAAGGUGGCAAUAUGGGCUCUUGUGGAAAUCUCUAUGUAGUUGUCCAUGAUGAAGAAUCAUGAGCUAAACCUCAAACCGGUGCUGAAAAGGAGCUGCUAAAAUGGCUGGGUCUCCAUGACUUUUAAGAGUAGGCAUGGAUAGCUAGCUUUUAAUAUUAAAGGUCUUAGUCAGCACUAGUUAAAUAUUUCUUAGUCUUCCUUCUGUUUCUGAAACACUUCCAUUGUGUAUUAAAUUCUGGCCUUAAAGAGCACAGCUUUUUAUCAGUGGGGGAAGGUGGUCAUGUUCUUAAUAAGCAUUGUGGUAUGUGUGCAGAAACGAGGAACAGGGCUUAGUCCCAGGAGGCUUUCAACCCUCUGCCAAAAGAAAUACAAAAAAUAAAGUCUUCCUUUUGAUACUGCCCAA